ACAUCCGCUGCUUGACGAAGCCGAACGACGGGGAGGAAGAGACGCUGACAAUGUCCACCGACAAUAUUUGCUUUUAAACGCCGUCUGCGUCCACCUACGGCGGUUGGGAUUAUACUGCAAGCGUCGGCGGGACACAACAUCGUCGAAAGCCGUAGUUCUAGCGGCUGAAGCCUCGCCGUCUGGUGGAAGGGAACCGAAGAGGACGAGCGACCGCUUCCUUCUCCUCGUCUCCGGUAGCACGCCAACAUGGGACUAGAGUGAAGCGUCCGCAUCCUCGGCCUGUGGCGUCCUCUUCAUCAGCUGAUUGAUACGUGGCGCCCAAAGAUGGAGGUCUGACGGCGGGGAGGGACACCAAGGUGACACAAAACAACUCCUCCUGCGGCCAUGGCGGGCCUCAAACGUCACCAUGAUGGGAAGAUCGCCGGGCUGUACGACCUGGACAAGACGCUGGGGCGUGGCCACUUCGCCGUGGUCAAGCUGGCGCGGCAUGUCUUCACUGGAGAAAGGGUGGCGGUGAAGGUGAUCGACAAGACCAAGCUGGACCCGGUGGCGCGGGGUCACCUUUUCCAGGAGGUGCGUUGCAUGAAGCUGGUGCAGCACCCCAAUGUGGUGCGCCUUUACGAGGUCAUCGACACGGCCACCAAGCUCUACCUCAUCCUGGAACUGGGCGACGGCGGGGACAUGUACGACUGCAUCAUGAAGCACGAAGGAGGCCUGACCGAAGAGGUGUCCAAGUGUUACUUCGCCCAGAUCGUGCACGCCAUCUCCUACUGUCACCGGCUGCACGUGGUGCACAGGGACCUGAAGCCUGAGAACGUGGUGUUCUUCGAGAAGCAGGGUGUGGUCAAGCUCACCGACUUUGGCUUCAGCAACAGGUUUCAACCAGGGAAAAAGCUCAACACGUCUUGCGGCUCGCUGGCCUACUCUGCUCCCGAGAUCCUACUUGGGGACGAAUACGACGCGCCGGCUGUCGAUAUCUGGAGCCUGGGCGUCAUCCUCUUCAUGCUGGUGUGCGGUCAGCCGCCCUUCCAGGAGGCCAACGACAGCGAGACGCUCACCAUGAUCAUGGACUGCAAGUACACCGUGCCACCACACAUCUCAGCUGCCUGCAGAGAUCUUAUCGGUCACAUGCUGCAGCGAGACCCCAAGAAGCGAGCGACUCUGGAGCAGAUCGAGAGCCACGAGUGGCUUCAAGGCGUGGACCCGUCCCCGGCCACCAAGAUGUCCACGCCGCUGGUGUCUCACCGCAGCUUGUUGGAAGAAGAGCACGGCUCCAUCAUCCAGCGUAUGGUGCUGGGGGGCAUCGCUGACAGAGAUGCCAUCACUGAAGCGCUGGAGUCGGACCAAUACGACCAGAUCACCGCCACCUACUUCCUGCUGGCUGAGAGGAUGCUGAGGGAUCGACAAGAGAAGGAGCAACACAGCCAGACUCGCUCGCCCAGCCCCAGCAAGGCCCAGUUCAGGCAGUCGUGGCCCACCAGAGUGGACGUCCACCAGGACGUCAGCGACGGCUUAGGUGGUCCGGCCAUCUCACACCCCGGGGGGCCUCAGUCCCCCGCCCGCAGUGCCGAGAGCCUCCACAAGGGCCCCCGGCCCAAAACGGCUCUGCCCGACCUGAGUCAGAGGCAGGACCAGGACAAGGGUCUGCGGCCUGUGUCCAAGCACUCUCUGAGACUGACCUCGGGGGGGCCCUGCAAGACCCGCAGCCCCAGCCUUUUUAGCGUGGAGGAAGACGAGGAGGAGGAGGGGGAGGACCGACGCUUGUCCCCCUCUGGUGCCUCCGCCCAAGUGGUGCUGCGCUGCAAAGCCUCCUCCACCCGCACCCGCCUGACUUCCCGCAUGAGCGCCCCCGUCCUCAAUCAGAUCCACGAGGAGGAGAAAGGGGAGGAGGACGAUGAUGAAGAGGACUUGACCAGACCCAGCCUCAGCCUCAAACUCAACUCCAGAGUCCCCUCCCCCUCCCCCGACACCGCCCUGACCCCGGACCGCUCGGAGGCCGGCGACGACAACACGGAGAGCGUGCGCUUGUCGGACGCCGACGGGGACGGGGUGGGUAACGAGGACGUCGAGAAAUGUGGAGCGGGCCCGGGAAGCCCCUCCCACUGCACCAGUCCCGGGUCAGCUUCUGGCCAAGGGAAAGGCUCGGCCAAAAGUUCCAGUGGCCUGGUCGAAAGCCUCAAACUGAUGAGUUUGUGCCUCAGCUCUCAGUUCCACAACCUGACCGGCGGCGCCGGGGUCGGGACGCCCGGAAACGGCGCGGGCGGCAUCGGCGGGGACCCUCAGGAGCGCCCCGUGUGGAGGAUGUGCGUGGGCGGAUCCACGGGCAGCCUGGAUAAAGUCUCGCUCCUGGGGGGGCCGUCGCCCCGGGGGAACCUCUACCAGCAGCCGCCCCCUUUAGGGGAGGCCCUGGUGGACCCGCUGCUGGAGGGCUCCUGCUCGGGGACGCUGAUGCUGGGGGAGCUGGACCUGGCCCGGGAGAACCACAGGAACAUGAAGAACCGAGCCCUGCAGAUGAGUGACAAGACUCUGGCCGUCAACAUGCACCGUGGCCCCAAGGAGGGGCUCCUGUGCACCCCCACCCCCCACAGCUGCUGCCAGGUCAUCUAGGGGCCACCCACACAACAUGGACUAUUACAUACACAACUAUUACAUACACAACAUGGACUAUUACAUACACAACAUGGACUAUUACAUACACAACAUGGACUAUUACAUACACAACAUGGACUAUUACAUACACAACAUGGACUAUUACAUACAUAACAUGGAUUAUUAGAUACACAACAUGGAUUAUUAGAUACACAACAUGGAUUAUUAGAUACACAACAUGGAUUAUUAGAUACACAUGUAUUAUUACAUACACAACAUUGAUUAUUAUAUACACAACAUGUAUUAUUAUAUACACAACAUGGAUUAUUACAUCCCAUUGUUUUAGUCCUUUGACAUUAUUUGUCAAGCUAUGACUGCAGUUCAUGGAACCCUUAAGAGAUCCUUCACAAAUAUCUAAAUAUACAUAUCUUCAUGAAUUAUAUUUUUUAAAAUAUUUUAAUAUUUAAAAGGCCAGUAAAUUAACAUAACUACUGGUUUUUUUUUUUUUAUUUGGGGAAAGAAAAUACGUCCAUUUUAAAAAGUGUUUAAAUUAUCAGGCUCAUUAUUUGACAGAAAACCGCUCCUAAAUAUAUUGUAAACCUGAAUAGCAACCAUGUAUCAUUUUAGAAAACUAAAAAGUCUAACAUUUUCUGCAUGCUUUUGAUGGGGAAAAAAAAAAAAAAUUAAUCCAAAUUGUAACAUCAAGAUUUGGGUUUGUCUAAAUAAUGUGGUGUCAAAAUUGGCAGAUUUUCACUGGGACAUGAAUUAUUGGUGAGGAACGAACUUGGUGUGACAUUGGCAUUUUAAGAACAUUUAAUUGUCUAAAAUGUUUAUACACGGUAUAUAUAUAUAUAUAUACACACGUAUAUGUGUAUAUUAGAGAUGCGCGGUUUGCGGGCACAACCGCGGAGUCCGCGGAUUAUCCGCGGAUCGGGCGGAUGAAAUUUAAAAAAAAUUAGAUUUUAUCCGCGGGUCGGGUCGUGUCGGGUGGUUCAAAUUAUUAAAAAAAAUUAGAUUUUAAAUACCGUAUUUUCCGCACCAUAAACCGCCCUGGAUUAUAAGCCGCGCCUUCAAUGAACGGCAUAUUUCAAAACUUUGUCCACCUAUAAGACGCCCCGUGUUAUAAGCCGCAUCUAACUGCGCUAAAGGAAUGUCAAAAAAACAGUCAGAUAGGUCAGUCAAACUUUAAUAAUAUAUUAAAAACCAGCGUGAUGUGGGCGCGCAUGGAGUCGUAUAUCAACAUGGACGGAGCUGCGUGAAAAAAGCCACCCGGCCUCUUCGCGUAAACUUACCUUAACCACUCGCUCAUCUUUUCUUCAUCCAUCCAUCCCUUCGAGUUAGCUUUUAUGAUGACGCCGGCUGGAAAGGUCUCUUUUGGCAAGGUCUUCCUUUUGAAUAUCUCCAUGGGUGGAAGUUUCUGGCCAUUAGCAUGGCAAGCUAGAACCACAGUGAAGGAUGACUUCUCAUUCCCUGUGGUGCGAAUAUUCACCGUACGUGCUCCCGUUGUAUCCACAGUGCGGUUCACAGGAAUAUCAGUUGCUGUGAAAUAGUAAUCCGUGUGCGGAUGGAGAGAUUGCGUCUUUCCAUGAACCGGAUCCCUGACGCUUAGUAGGAGCCAUUUUGUGGUCUUUACAGAUGUAAACACACAAAGGAAAUGAAACGUACCGGUACGGUAAUAUCCGCGCGCUUUUUCUUCUUCUACGCGGGCGGGUGGUUGCUUACAGUAGAAGAAGAAGCGCUUCCUGUUCUAUGGGGGCGGGUGCUUACCUUGGCGGUUGCUUGCGUAG